GACAAAAAAAACUGUGCGAGUUGAGCUGCUCGCAAAGGAGUCAGAGCACUCGGGGGCUUCCAGAUUCCUUCACCCCAGGAUUGCUGGCCCACAAAGCUCAUUUUCGGACGCUACUAAAAAAUGCUGGGAGCCGCCGAGGACUGUGGAUGGCGGUUUUGGAGAGCGAUGGCCUGUGGGAGACGGAGCGGAGACAGAAAGAGGCAAGUGAUCUUGCUUAUUCUGUGUGUUUGCGUGUGUCAGAGCGAGGCUGAAACCCUCCGCUACUCCGUGCCGGAGGAAAUGGAGAGGGACUCCUUUGUCGCCAAUAUCGCCAAGGACCUGGGGGUUCCUCUGAGCCAGCUUGCGGCUCGCAAAGCCCGCGUUGUGUCCGAAGGGGACGAGCAGUUUUUCCGGCUCAAUCAAAACACCGGAGUCCUGACGGCAAAGGAAUCGCUGGACCGAGAGGAGAUCUGUCCUCAGAGCGAUACCUGCACGCUCGUCUUUAAGAUAUUCUUUGAAAAUCCGUUGCAGCUUAUCCGCGGGGAGGUGGAAGUUCGUGACGUAAACGACAACUCGCCCGUGUUCCCGGAGAAGGAGAUGGUUUUAAAGAUUCUGGAAACAGCAUCUCCUGGCUCCCGUUUUCCCCUGGAAAGCGCCCAAGACAAGGACGUGGGCAUUAACAGUUUGCAGAACUACAGCCUUGCCCCCAAUCCUCAUUUCUCCCUCGCUAUUGGAACAGCGAAAGAUGGAGUAAAAGACCUGGAACUUGUCCUGCAGCGCCAGCUUGAUCGUGAAGAGCAGGGAGAGCUGAAUUUACUUCUGACCGCCACCGACGGGGGGUCACCACCCAGGUCGGGCACGGCUCAGGUCCGGAUCAUGGUGCUGGAUGCCAAUGAUAACAUUCCUGUCUUCGAAAGGGAGACCUACGAGGUGCGCCUGGCUGAGAACAGCCCCCUGGAGCAGCUGGUGGUCAGAGUCACUGCCGCUGAUACCGACGAAGGGUCCAACGGGGAGGUUGGUUAUGCCUUUACCCAGACAUCGGAGCGAUCCCGGCAGCUCUUCCAGCUGAACCCGACCACCGGUGAAAUACGAGUAGCAGGCAAGCUGGAUUUUGAGGAAACAAAAUCCCACAAGAUGGUGGUGAAAGCCACGGACGGCGGAGGGCUAUCUGCGCACUGCAAAGUACAGGUGGAGGUCCUGGACGUGAAUGACAACACCCCGGAGAUAGCGCUCACCUCCCUCAGCACCUCCAUUCCCGAGGACGCCCCGCCACGCACCGUGGUGGCCCUGUUCAGUGUGCGGGACCGGGACUCGGGAGACAACGGCAGGACGGAGUGUUCCAUCGACGGGGACUUGCCGUUCAGUCUCACCCCCACUUUUGAUAAUUACUACGAACUGAGAACAAACGCGGCUCUAGACAGGGAGAGGACGGCGGAGUAUAACAUCACCAUCACAGCCACGGACUGGGGCAGGAAGCGGCUGAGCUCUCAGGAAAGCAUCUUCGUGCAGAUCUCGGAUGUGAACGACAAUCCCCCAGAGUUCACCCAGGAGGUUUACACCAUGUCUGUCACGGAAAACAACAGCCCCAUGCUCCGCAUCGGCAGCAUGAAGGCCACGGACGCCGACGCAGGAAUAAAUGCCCGUGUGAAUUACGCACUGGUGAGGCAGGAGGGCAAAGAGCAGCACGAAGUGUCAGUCAACGCUGAAAACGGGGAUGUUUAUAUCCUCCGCCCGCUGGACUACGAGAAGGUGCGCGCCUUCGAGGUGACAGUGCGCGCAGCCGACGGCGGCUCCCCGCCGCUCAGCGCCCAGGCCGUGCUGCACAUCGUCGUGCGCGACGAGAACGACAACGCGCCCGUGCUGCUGCACCCGGCCCCCGAGAGCAGCGCGGCCGCAGAGCUGGUGCCGCGCUGGGCACCGUCCGGCUACCUGGUGGCCAAGGUGGUGGCGGUGGACGCGGACGCGGGUCAGAACGCGUGGCUGUCCUACGAGCUGGCCAAGGCCACGGAGCCGGGGCUGUUCCGCGUGGGGCUGCACAGCGGCGAGGUGCGCACGGCGCGGGCCGUGACAGAGAGGGACGCGGCCCGGCAGAGGCUCAUCGUGCUGGUGCGGGACCGCGGGCAGCCCUCGCGCUCUGCCACCGCCACCCUCGCCGUGGCACUGGUGGAUGGCUUCUCCGAAGCCUAUUUAAGGGUGAGCGAGGAGGCACCGGCCGCCGAGCCCGACGGGCCGCUUACUCUGUACCUCAUCGGCUCCCUGGUCUGCGUGUCGGCGCUGUUCCUCGCCACCGCGGUGGCCGCCGCGGUAGUGAAGGUGCGGCGGGCCAGGCGGAGCGAGACGGAGACUUUGCCCACGUUCCCGACGACUGCCACGGAGAGCAGCGCGGGCUCCCUGCCCCGCAGCUACGUGUACGACGUCUGCUUCGCAGCCGGCACCGUCAACAGCGAGUUCCGUUUCCUCAGGCCGCUCUUCCCCUGCUUCCGCCGGGCUGCCCCCCGGGCCCAGCGAGCAGCGGAGCUCGGUGUGCUCGCAGGAUGCGGCCAACCUCGGGGCCGAGGGCGACUGGGCUGCGCAGGCUUUGCGCUGGGAAAUCUUCGAAUCCUUCCACAGCUCGGCCGCCUGGUGCCGCUGCUGACCGCGGGAGCUCCGCGCAGCUCCGAGUUCCGCCGCCCCCGCGAUUCGGGCGGGCGGGGCUGCACCAUCUCGGGCUGCCUCGAGAGGAGAUUGGGUCUCUGGAAGAGAAUGGAGCCGAGGAAGAGCGAGGAACCGCUCCCGGGGCGAGCGAUGGCUCUGAUCCUUGUCCUCUGCGUCUCGGGGAUGAGAGCGGAAACCGCUCGGUACUCUGUGCCCGAAGAGGCGGAGAGAGGCUCUUUUGUGGCGAAUAUCGCUAAGGAUUUGGGACUAACCGGUGAGGAAUUAUUGGCUCGUAAGGCUCGAGUCGUUCCUGAAGGAGAAAAGCAGUAUUUACAGCUGAACCAGCACACCGGGGAUUUGGUGGUGAGAGAGCAAAUGGACCGGGAAGAGCUGUGCGGACAGAGCGAGCCCUGCCUGGUGCGUUUUGAGGUGCUGCUGCAGAGCCCACUGCAGUCCUUCCGAGCUGAGGUAAGACUCACCGACAUAAACGAUCAUGCUCCUGUGUUCCUAAAUAAAGAGAUUGUUUUAAAGAUUUCGGAGUCGACAGUGCCGGGGACUCGGUUUUUGUUGGAAAGCGCUCACGAUCCAGACGUGGGGAACAAUAGCGUUCAGCAUUAUAGUAUCAGCUCGAACGAGUAUUUCCUUGUCUACACCCGGCGGCGGAGUGACGGCGGGAGGUACGCCGAGCUGGUGUUGGAUCGAGCCCUGGACCGAGAGCAGCAGGCAGAAGUUGCUUUCAGCAUCACGGGUGUGGAUGGUGGGAAUCCACCGCGGUCUGGCACAGCUUUAAUCCGCGUGGUAGUCCUGGAUAUAAAUGACAACAGCCCGGUAUUUGCUCGAAGUCUGUAUAAAGUCUCCAUACUGGAAAAUAGCUCCCAGGAUACCUUAGUGGUGGUAGUGUCUGCUAGUGAUUUAGACUCUGGCAUAAACGGAGAAAUCGUCUAUUCUAUAGUUCAAAAUUCAGAGGAAAAUUUCGAGACAUUUAAAAUAAACCCAAAGACAGGCCAGAUUCGACUCAAAAAGCCUUUGGAUUAUGAAGAAAAAAAGAACUACGAGAUAGACGUCCAAGCCACAGAUGGAGGGGGCCUGUCCACGCAUUGCAAGGCGGAGGUGCAGGUGAAGGACGUGAACGAUAAUGCCCCCGAGGUGAUCAUCACCUCGCUCACCAGCACCGUCUCCGAAGCCGCCCUUCCGAACACCGUGGUGGCCCUCUUCAAAGUGCGGGACCGGGACUCGGGGGACAAUGGCAGGACGACCUGCGAGUUGACGGGAGAGCAACCCUUCAGGAUCACGCUGCUGGCAGCCGACGCGCACGCGCUGGUGACCUCAGAGACGCUGGACCGGGAGCAGGUGGAGGAAUACAACGUGACGCUGCGAGCUCGAGACGAGGGCUCCCCCGCCCUCUCGGCAUCCAAAUCCCUGCUAGUGAGGCUCUUGGAUGUGAACGACAAUGCACCCACCUUCACCCAGGCCAUUUACACCAUGGUAAUGAGCGAAAACGAGCCCGCGGGGAGGAGCCUGGGCCGCCUCAGUGCCACGGAUCCUGACGCGGGAGAAAACGCCCGCGUGAGAUACUCGCUAGUGCCGCCACCGACGGGCACCCUCGCCGCCGCAUCACUCGUUUCAGUGGACGCGGAGAGUGGAACCGUCCGGACUUUGCGCCCUCUGGACUACGAGAAGGUGCGCGCCUUCGAGGUGACAGUGCGCGCGGCCGACGGCGGCUCCCCGCCGCUCAGCGCCCAGGCCGUGCUGCACAUCGUCGUGCGCGACGAGAACGACAACGCGCCCGUGCUGCUGCACCCGGCCCCCGAGAGCAGCGCGGCCGCAGAGCUGGUGCCGCGCUGGGCACCGUCCGGCUACCUGGUGGCCAAGGUGGUGGCGGUGGACGCGGACGCGGGGCAGAACGCGUGGCUGUCCUACGAGCUGGCCAAGGCCACGGAGCCGGGGCUGUUCCGCGUGGGGCUGCACAGCGGCGAGGUGCGCACGGCGCGGGCCAUGACAGAGAGGGACGCGGCCCGGCAGAGGCUCAUCGUGCUGGUGCGGGACCGCGGGCAGCCCUCGCGCUCUGCCACCGCCACCCUCGCCGUGGCACUGGUGGACGAUUUCUCCGAUGCUUUCCACCAGCUUGGUCACGAUCCCGCAGGCGGACAGCAGCCGCAGGUGGCCGAGGAGGAAAUGCUCACCACUUACCUCAUCGCCUCCCUGGUCUGCGUCUCGUCACUUUUCCUCUUGUCCGUUCUGGUGUUAACGGCGAACACGCUCUGCAAAGCUCGCGUCCGGGCAGAACUUCCUCCUCCCUCUCCCAGCUGCUACGCGGACGGAGGUUUCGCCAGCGACGACGUGGGCGUAGGCAGCACUGGCACUCUGUCGCCGGCUUACCGCUACGAAAUGUGUCUGACCAGCGGCUCGGGGAGGAGCGAAUUCCAGUUCCUGAGGCCCAUCCUGCCCAGCCUUCAUAGCAAUCAUGAGGCGGGGCUGGACAUGGACGAGGAGCCGCUACGCCGCUCGCAGCCUGCCUGCGACCGGGAAGCCCUGGCGGGGAGCGCAGCCACUCCUCCCUUUUAGCCGCAAGACUGGCCAGUAGGCGUGCGCGGCCAAUCCUGAGCCGUGCUGGAACGCACCUCCGUUCCCCGUCCUCAGCCUGAGAUUCCCCAGUAGUUGUAGUGCCGUUCCCUGCUGUUAUAGACGUAUCUCCUUCUUUAGGCCCCAGGCCGGUUUCUCCUGCCGUGGAAAGCGGCUCAGUCCCUCCGAGAUCAGCUACUGCCUCAUUCUGCCCUGGAAAAUCGUUGAGCUGCUCUUGCCGCCGCGUUUCUUGAAAGCUGCGGACGCGUCAAUACCUAGAAAAGAGCACACCAGAUCGCGAGCUCGGGCAAGGGAACGGAGAAGACUGG